AGAGUACUGGGCUCGAGCAUUGUCUUCGCCGUCGUCCAUUUGCUUGUCGUUGCUCUCCACGUCUCUUCGGUCUCUUCGUCUUUUGCUUUCAUCUCUCGUAUCAACGCCCGUCCACAGCCGUCCACAGUGCUCAAACCCCUACACGUGUUGGACGUGAUAAGGGAGCUCCAAAGCAGGGAAUAAUCAUUCAUUAGCCCCGCUGAUAUCAUUAUCCAGGUCGCCAUGGCCAGGAAAGAAGCUCCGGGAAACGAAGAGUCUCAGUCCUCCACAUCACCCGCCCCCCAUAGCCGGCCUCGAAAUCUCGAUCUCUUCAAUAUCGAGGACGUUGAGAACCCUCUGCCGUCGCCCCCUUACAAGCGUGUUCCAUCCUCAUCUCAAUUUCUUCUCGAGGAAUUCCCCGAACAGUCGCCCGCCUAUCGGUCCCGCUCCAACCUUGAUCUUUCUUCCAGCAUGUUAAUAGAUCGUCCGCAAGACAGAAAGCACGAUGGUCUCGAUGACGACCGCGACCGUGACCGCGACCCAAGGCUAAAAUCUGUUCAUUAUCACGACGACGAAGCGCAGAGUUCUAUGCCACCCAGCGCACGUCCUGCCUUUACUCGCCUCGACUCAAAUUUAUCAUUGGGCGGAGGCUCUAGGACGCCUUCAAUCGCUGGUACCGAGACCGAUGAUGACGAUGAGGACUACGAUUGGAGCGGAGAAGACGACUUGGUUGACGAGGAAGCUAGGUUCGAGCAGCAGAUGGGUGUCAAGAAGAAUGCCAGUACAUGGCGUUUCAAGAGGUUCAUAACACUGCUCUUCUCAUCACUUAUCGGCUCGACAUUCCUGUCCGGCGUCAUUAUAACCCCUGCCCUGCUCAUCCAUUUCUUCUGGUACAAACCGCAUCCGACCGAUCACCGAAAGUAUGUCAAAGACAAUGUUCAAGCGUGGCUAUUUUGGGCUGCCGCCAAUAUUACCAUUUCGUGGUACCUUGCGCUUCUCGUUGACCUCUUUCCUACCUUUGUCGGCUACUUCGUCUCUCUGGCUUGGGGUCAUGUGAGUGAGGCGAUCAAGGGCAAACUGGAGCUUUAUAAUAGCGUGAAGGACAAUAUCAAGCCAUUGUUCUAUGCUGCAAGUGCUUGGGUCAGUUGGGUCAUCCUGUUUGCGUCUAUCUACAAUCUGUACAAUACAGAUGACGAGGACAGCAGCCGAGCAUCGUAUACGCCCAGGGUUUUCCAAGCAAUCGAGUUCUUGUUCUUCUUUGCCUUGGUUAUAUGCGUUCAACGGAUGCUUUCGCAUGCUAUUGCCUUUUCAUUCCAUCGUAUUGCAUACAGGGAGCGUCUCGAAUCAGUAACUAACUCUCUCAACGUUAUUGAGAAGCUUCGACAGUACCGCCCAAAGCGCACACACUACGCAAAGUCAUCAUUUGGCUUUGGUCGCUCCACUCCCAUGUUAUCUGCCAUCUCGACGUUAUCGCCUUUCGGUGACAAGAGCGCUUCUCGUCCAGGUUCUCCUAGAGGUUCUCCUCGAGGCUCGCCCGUCCAAUCGCGAUCCACUACUCCUACUCCCGAUCGCUUUCAAGAAAUCCUGUCGGGGAAUGAAGGUGACGGGGAAGAUCUUGAUGUGACCUUGAUGAAGAAGAAGAGCAAGGGGAAGCAGCGUUAUGGUUGGUUGGGCAAACACCGUGCUGUUGAAGAACCCGAGUCUGUCACUAAGCGUGACGCGGACCCUCAUGCUUACCCUCCCCCUGUUGUGACUUACCCUCCCUCUGCUGUGACAUCUCCCCCUCGCAGUGGUGCUACGACUCCCAAGAGGUUUUUGGAGUCAGACGCUGAAGAAGACACUACUGCAGUGGUAACACAGGCCGCGACACAAGCUGCCAAGGCUAUCAAAUCCGCUGUAUUGCACGAUGCACGGAAUAUCCGGGGCAAGUCUGACGAUGACUUGAGUGGUUUGGUGUGGACUGUCACUUCGGCGCGUGAGGCGAAACGGCUAGCCAGAUCGAUAUACAUGACGUUCAAGAGUCGGCAUCGUGUUGAUUUAUUUCCAUCUGAUUUUUUCCCUGCGUUUAAGACCCACGAAGAGGCCGAGGCAGCAUUCCGCGUUUUCGACAAGGACAAUAACGGCGAUCUCUCGAGGGCUGAAAUCAAGACGACGUUAUUGAAAGUGUACAAAGAACGUCGAUUCUUGAGCCGCAGUAUGCGUGAUAUUGGCCAGGCCCUGAAGACUUUGGAUCACAUCCUUCUGUUCUUCGCCCUCGUCGUUUUGUUCUUCAUUUCCUUGAGCGUGUUCGAUGUAGACGUGGGAGACUCCUUGACAAGUGUAUACUCUCUCGGCAUCGCGGCUAGCUUCAUCUUCAAGAGUGCGGCCAGCAAUGCGUUUGAUGCUAUCAUGUUCUUGUUUGUCACGCAUCCUUUCGAUACUGGUGACCGUUGCUUCAUUGAUGAUGAUAACCUUGUUGUCAGGAAGAUGGGCCUCUUUGCUACUAUUUUCGCUCGGGCUGAUGGAACGGAGACGUACUAUUCCAACAGCUUGUUGUUUACUAAGUUCAUCACAAAUGCACGACGUAGCGCUAAAACUGCGGAGAACUUGACAAUGCAAGUCGCAUGGCGAACACCUCUGGAGAAGCUCGAUGCUCUGGAGGAAUGCCUCAAUGAGUGGUUGUCUACCGAGCAGAAUCGGUGGUUCGAGUCGAGCACUGGUGUGACAUUGCAGAAAAUCAACUUCCAACGGCAUUUGGAGCUCACCAUUAUUAUCCCUUAUAACGGUAAGUAAUCAUUGUUUUUCAGAAGCGAUCGAAACAGUUCUCAUAAAUCCUGCUGCGUUUCGUGUGAUGUAAUUUCACAGGGUAAGUCUCUUUUCACAGCUCUAUCAUCACGAUGUUGACAUUGUGGGAUAGGACUGGGGACUGCGGUUAGCACGCAAGACUGCCUUCCAUGCAGCAGUACAGUACUACUGCCGUCAACUCGGGAUCGUCGCACAUGAGGCUCCCAUGCCUAUUGCAUACGCGGAUCCAGACACGAUGGACUAUCUUCCUUCAUCACCUGGUUCUUAUGAUGAUGAAGUGGAGCCUGUCAGCGAGGAGCCGGAAAUCCCGCCACCACCAAAACAAGGACAUAACCAGAUCGUGUUGGGCUUCCAACCGCCACCGGAUAGGCCUGUGGCUGGAGUCCGUGCUCGCAAGUCGAAGAGCAGAAAGGCCGUCCUACGCUCGAUGGGUGCCGAUGGUUAGGUUUUUGGAUGCCAUGAUCAUGAUAAUGAAUUUCAGGGGACACUGCUUCUUUCUUUGGGGACAUUGUUGUGUGCCGUGCCCAAAGAUUUCUUGCUUCUUGUAGUUGUGAUAUACGGAGGUCCUGCUUGGGUUGUUGCAUUUUUGUUCGUAGUUAGCUUUAAGUCACCCUCAUCUGACCUGGAAAUACUUCAUGGCAUGCUAGAGCCAUCCAUCCAUCUUGCAUUUUGUCCUAGAUACUGUACAAUAGAGUCCGACUUGCUAUCCUUUAUAGUCAUCGUAUCGUCCCAUAGAUCUAUAUUACUAGCAUUCGUACACGCACCAAGUAGUCAAAUAUGAAAACUCGUAACAGCGUUGCCUUACAUAUUGCAUUACGUAGAUUAUCAUCAUGUCGUGAGUCUC